UCGAAGGUAUGACACACGUACAACCAUCUUCUCUCCCGAGGGUCGAUUGUACCAAGUAGAAUAUGCCAUGGAGGCCAUCAGUCACGCCGGAACUUGCCUCGGAAUUCUAGCCAAUGACGGAAUUUUACUAGCGGCCGAAAGAAGAAACACAAACAAGCUCUUGGACGAAGUAUUCUUCUCCGAGAAGAUCUACAAGCUAAACGAAGACGUUGUGUGUUCAGUAGCUGGAAUUACGUCAGACGCUAACGUCCUGACCAACGAAUUGCGACUCAUUGGUCAGAGAUACCUCCUACAAUAUGGAGAGACAAUCCCUUGCGAGCAACUCGUCUCCUGGUUGUGCGACGUCAAACAAGCUUACACCCAGUACGGCGGAAAGAGACCUUUCGGAGUCUCGAUUCUCUACAUGGGAUGGGAUCGCCACUAUGGAUAUCAGCUGUAUCAAUCCGACCCCAGUGGGAAUUAUGGUGGAUGGAAAGCGACCUGCAUCGGCAACAAUUCGGCGGCUGCAGUUUCUUCCUUGAAACAGGAGUACAAGGAAGGCGAGACGACCUUGAAGGAUGCAAUGGCUCUGGCUAUCAAGGUUCUUUCCAAGACUUUGGAUAUGAACAAACUUUCUGCAGACAAAGUGGAAAUGGCGACUUUAACCCGCGAAAAUGGAAAGACGAAAACGAAAAUUCUGCCAGCUGCUGAAGUGACAGCGUUAAUUGCGGAACACGACAGAUUAGAAGCGCUUGCCGAGCAAGUGAAGAAAGACAAGCAAAAGUCGUAGUUUAUUUGAUUUUGCACUUUGCAUUUCUUUGCGGAUUCGGUUAAUAGAAAUAUUCAAUAAAUGGAAUCUUUUUUUUAUUUGAAGAAA